AUGAUGCCGUCCGCAUAUCAUAUAGUCCUUCAAUCUGGCACCGUUGAUUUAUUCGUUGGCGAGAACCGGAAGCUAUUUUCAAUUUAUAAGGCGCUGAAAAGUUCUUUCCCAGAAAAGGCCCUUGAGCCAGAGAUGCUCGAGAGUGUUGAUGAGGAAGUCUUCGGUCGAUGCUGUGAGUACGCGUACUCUGGAGACUACUCUGUUCUAUCUCCUACUUUAGACCUUUCCGAGGAGGAGGAGGAAGAGGAGGAGGAAGAGGAGGAGGAGGAGGAGGAGGAAAAAAGAUGGAAUCGCUUGUGUCUGAUUUGGAACCUUUUCGCUCUAAAAGCGCUGUCGAAAAUGUAUGAUACCUUGCUUGGGAAACUUGACCACCCUCGACGAUCGGAAUCUGAGGAAGGCCCCAGCAAUGAUUAUUCCACUAGCUAUGCAGUAGUCCUUUUGUGUCACGCUGAAAUCCAUCGUUUUGCAGUUAGGACAGGUUGGCUUUCGUUCGAUGUCCUAUCUUUCUUUCGAUUGCUGCGAUUGCUUGAAAACUUCAACCCAUGUGAAAAGUUGGCGGAGGACAUUGUUCAGCUCCUGGAAUUUGUGUUCGAGGAUAGUAAGAACAUCCCGGGCAUGGUCAACUUGGAAAACAUGCUGCGAGACUAUAUGGUCUGGAACGUGGACUUCUUGAUGCGGAAUGUCGACUUCAAAGCCUUCUUGGAACGAAAUCCAUUGUUAGAGCACACUGUCUUUCGUUCAAUGUGGGAGUAG